AUCUCGACCGGAGCAGCCGCAUGUGGGGGCUGGUUCUCCUUUCUGGACUCGAGAGACCGGAUGGGCUUUAAAACUCCAGAGCCCUCUCUCAGGGGCAAGCCCACGCUGGGCUCUCGCCCUUGGGAAGUUUGUGCAUAUCCCUUUCUUCACGGCCAUCACUGGGUUUUUCGAGGUUAUAAGCUUCGAUCAUCCAUCGACAUCCAAGCCCCAGCUGCCGUCCUAGGAUCAGGCCGGAUUCCUGAUCAGCGGUGAACAUGGGCGCCUAUACCUCAGUACCGCAGUGCCUUGCGCACUAUGGAGUCACGAUAAAUUGUUCUGUAGUUUACGCACCCGACAACCAGACCGUGAUAUCUGUCGGAGGAAACAGACCCGGAGACUUUAACCCAGAUCCAGAUAUUGCGGGUAUCGGUAUCAUCGGAGCCUUUGUCGUCACAACGGGGUUUUCGUUAUUUAUAGCCUUCUUGCAUGUCUUGUGGCACUACGCCAAGCUGACAAAGCUUAAAAGAAGAAUAACAGAAGAAGAGAAGGAAAACAAAAGAUGGCAGCUCAGCAUUGGCGGCUUCUUUGAGAUGCUCGUCAUCUCGUGUAGUGAUCAGCAGAUUUUCACCGGAGCCGCGUACGCCAUCACGAUGCGCUUCGCCAAAGCCUGCUCCAUCUCGGCCUACCACUACAAUAUUAUUUCGAACAUGCUGUUGAUCACCUGCGCCACGCACUUGCUGACCCUUCUUGUGUCCAAGCACUACUGGGAGCACCCUUGGGUAGCUGCAAUCCGGACGGUAGCGACGGCGCUAUUGUACCUUGCGACGGGUAUUCUUCUUUCUACCCAGGCCGCCCCAGGGUCUGAGCUCGCGUUUCCGACCCAGGUUCCUAAAGACAACGAGAAAUGGAGCACCCUCCUUCUACCAGCCGCCUGCUUCCAAGGGAGCGCUGCGCAGUUUGGAAAUACCUUGGAGCAGUCUUUCCACGGAGCCGGACUGUUCAAGGUGGGCGACCGCAUCACCGGAUGGACUCCGUUCGUCAUUCUUGUCCUGUACUACGUCCUUGCCAACAUCGUUACGCUUGGUCGGGUCGUUCGCGCAGGACGGGAGAAUGGCGGAAAGCGGGAAAAGUUUUGCAAGUGGUUGGUGGAGUUAAUAGGGCAGAAGAAGCUGAAGUGGGUGCAUCGUAUUGGUGGACAGGUCUAUGGCGUGUAUCUCUUGGCUGGCCUGGUAAUUUCGGCAUACACGAUGGUCUCCUCUUCCGAGUACAUUGAGAUGCUUCGCCGCUGGGUGGACCGAUCAGGGUGGAUCCAACUCUAUCUUGGCACCAACCCGGAGAACGACCCCAAGUCCUUUGGUCAGCUUGUUCCUCUUCUGAUGAUGACACUUACCGUGUUUACCUUUUUGCAGAUGUUGAGUGAGGCCAUAACAAUCAGGAAGUUGAAGAACAAACAAAGUGAGGAGAUCGAGGACCUUCAAGAACAGCUGGAUGAAGCAAGAAACAGCUCGGACAGACUUGAAGAUGGCAACAACGGCAACGGAAAGCAGCCUGGGGUCCACGAGAAGGAGACGUUCAGCAGGCAAUCCGAAGCAAGCGGAAGCCAGGCUUAUGGGAUGAACUCCCAAACGCCAUGGUCGCCGGCUCCGAUGUACACCAUGUUCGCCAACCCAUCUUCUUCGAGCAACGCUCCGUUUUUUGUCCAGGCCGCACCGACUGGCUCGCCGAUGGCAACACCCGCUUGGGCAUCCAUGACACCACAGCAAGUAACGCCGUCGCAUUUUAUCAUCCCGGCGCAGUUUGUAUAUGGAGCGUUUCCGAUGACGAGCCCUGGAAACGGAAGCGUGCCUCCAUCUCAAGGGUUUCCUUGGAAUCCUUCCACUCCUUUCGGUCCUGGUCCUGCUCCGGCAUCGAAUGCGCCUGGCCCGAGCAAACCCUCGCCGUCCGAUGAUUCACCGUCUCAGCCGGAGCCCUUAUCAAAGGCAGAACCUGAGAUCACCACGAAGGACACUAAGUCGACGCCAGUGGUUUCCGUGUAUGAGUCCUCCACGUCAUCUCCGCCAUCGAGAUCCUCGACAGUUCCCGAUAAUGAGAAGCUGGCGCCUCAUCCGGCUAACCUUUUAAGGGCUGAUACCGAUUUUACGCUGAUAGGACAGCCGAGCUCGAGUUUGGAUGCUGGGGGCCAGACGGAUCAGCAAAUGCCGGCACAAGGCUUCAAUGGUGUUGCUGCGGAUCCCAACACGCUAAGUUACUUUCCGGAAGUUGCCAUUGCCGAGUCAAGCGUAGAGGAAGAGGGACAGGAAGCGGAAAGAAAUACUGCGGGAGGAACUGGAUUUGAGGUUGGAAAGGCGAUGUAGGAUGUCAAUAAACCGCGAGGCUGAAGGGAGUGGGUAAGGGUAAGAAACAUGCAUGGAAAGGUCUUGGACACGAUUUCGGUGGAGUUUGGGGCUUUUGGCUUUUGGGAGCAUGUGUUACGAUACCACGGAUUAAUGAGUCUGACCAUUUAGCGCAGUCAAUGAAGAGCAUGUAGCAUCAAUCUGACUCGUGGCUUGUUGUUGACAGUGGUCGAGGAUUUGGAGGUGUUUCGUAUGACGUGAUGGAAAAGGAGGAAGGCUCCGAGUUGGAGUAUGAAUUGGCCCCCACCACAAAAAUCAACCGAGACCGUGACCAAGAUCGGGACAUUGUACCCCGUGGGCGCCCGCAAUGUCUCGUCAAAAUGCUCCGAGAGGGGACAAGAACGUG